ACUAAAAGGAAAACCAACAAUAAAACCGAAAGCUUCUUACGCUAAACCCCUCAUUCUACACCCGUACGGCUACACGCGUCCUUAAACCCCUAAAAAUGUCAUCUCUAACUCGCGUCCUCCGCCGCUCCUUCUCCACAACCCCAAACCCACAGCCCGACUCCGUUCGGAAAUUCUCGGAGGAUCUCUACAAAGAGCGGGACCUCAAGCGUCUCGUUGAAAAAUUCAAGAAAUCUUGCGAAUACAGCCACUUCCGCAGACGAAGCGGCAUCUAUGAAGAUAUUGUUCGUCGCCUUGCUUCAGCUGGGCGCUUCCAAUGGAUCGAAGAAGUCCUCGAAGAUCAGAAGAAAUACCAAGAUAUUUCCAAAGAAGGCUUUGGUGCUAGAUUAAUCCAUUUGUAUGGUAAAUCGGGCAUGUUUGAGCAAGCUUACAAGGUGUUUGAUGAAAUGCCGAAUAGAGGAUUGCUGUCUUUCAAUGCUCUUAUGGGAGCUUGCGUGAAUGCCAAAAAGUUUGAUAAGGUUAAUGGGUUUUUCAAGGAGUUGCCGGAAAAGUUGUCAGUUGAGCCAGAUUUGGUUUCUUAUAAUACGGUUAUAAAGGCUUUCUGUGAGAUGGGUUCUUUAGAUUCUGCUAGAUUGAUGCUUGAUGAGAUGGAGAAGAAGGGUGUGCAGCCGGAUGUGAUUACUUUUAACACGCUUUUAUAUGAGUUUUUUAAGAAUGGAAGGUUUGAUGAUGGGGAGAAGAUAUGGGGUAAAAUGGUGGAGAAAAAUGUGGAGCCUGAUAUUAGGAGUUGUAAUGCUAAGUUGCUUGGAUUUUCAACUGAAAAGAAAAUGAAAGAGGCAGUUAACUUGGUUGAAGAAAUGAGGAGUAAAGGACUUAAGCUUGAUGUGUUUACCUUCAAUUAUAUGAUUAGAGCAUUUGUUAAUGAGGGAAAAUUGGAAGAAGCUAAAGAGUGGUAUAAUCAAAUAGGGAAAAAUGAAUGUGCACCGGAUAAGCUGACUUUUACGAUGUUAGUUCCAUUCCUUUGUGAGAAGGGUGAUUUGAGUUUUGCCAUUGAGCUGUGCAAGGAGAUUUUUGGUAGGAAGAAAUUGGUUGAUGCUGCAUUGUUGCAGCGAGUGGUGGAUGAAUUGGUCAAAGCCUCCAAGAUUGAAGAUGCAAAGGAACUGGUGAAGCUUGCUAAGACGAAUAAUUUCUGUCGUUAUAAGCUGAAAAUGCCUGCAGAGUAGUGCCAUGGUUUUACCAUAGCUAUUUUGUCUUUCAUUAUAGUUAAUCUAGUCUGAACGAGUAUCUAAAAGCAAGUAGGUUUUUUUACCUCUUGCAGCCAACUACUUUCAUGUUAGUGGUGGAGGUAAUAUUGAUCUGUUUUCUAGUCAGUGAUUUAGUUUUUCUGAGUUGCUUCAUAAUUUCCUAUCAUCUGCAGCUUUAGCUUUUGGUAUUGAACCUCAAAGUUACAUGAUGAAUUGAAUUUUGGAACUGAAACUUUGAUAA